UUGUUCGUGAGAGAAGAGAGAGAAGUGUGUAAGUAGCAGUCAAGCAAGUAGCAAGUAGCCAUUUUGCUCUUUUUAAAAUAUUCAAUUAAAUUCUAAAUUAAUUACAUAAAGCAAUUUAAUUAAAAGUUUUUAGUUAUUUAUAUUCGUGUAUUAUAUCCUAGUAAAAGUAAAGUGUUUUUGGCACAAUUUUAGGGCAUUUCAAGUCAAGUCCAAUAAGACCAGUUUAAGUCCAAUAAAUAAGUCCAAGUCCAGUUUAAGAACAAGUUUAAGCUCAAGUCCAGUUUUAAGUAUACGAUUAGUUCAAGUUCAAGUUAGUCCAAGCAUAAGCUAACUACGGCACGAGGUCAGAUCGAACAAGUCACCAAUUGGAGAUGAUGGAGCAAAUAGCUGAUACUAUCGAUCAAACCGCGCCCCCGGAUCGUCCCCUGGUCCGAUCUAAUGCUCAAACCUCAAUCAUUUCUUUGAGCUCCUUGACGCCCCAAGAAGUUGGCACCAUAAAUUCCCAACUACAAGUACCACGACCAUUAAAAUCAAGCAGUGCGAGUGAAUCUAGUGUAGUGAAAAAAUGGAUCUGUGAUAUUUGUGAAAAGAGUUAUACGCUUAAGAAGAAUUUAAAACAACAUUUUGCCGAAAGCCACGUCAAAUCAAACAAGUUUAGUUGUAGAAAUUGUGAAGUUACCUUUGCCAGGAAAAGAUCUUUAACACAUCAUAUAGACAAAGAAAUCUGUGUAGUUAAAAAAGACACAAGCGGUAACGACAUAAAAUUUAAGUGUUCAGUGUGCGAAAUGGAAUUUGGUUCAAAAUUUGUCGUAGAUCUACAUACUAGACAAAACCAUCCAGCCAACUUUUAUCAAUACACCUGUACACAGUGUGAUCGGAAAUACAGAUCAAAAAUAAAACUUAACCAUCACAUACGUGAUAUUCAUAAUCAUGUCAAAGCAACAUGUUCAGUUUGUGGAUUUACGUGUAGACAAAUUGAUUUAAACAGUCAUAUCCAACACAAACAUUCAAAAAGUGCGAUUGAAAAGCAGGACGACAAAGUAGCAGCCAUGUCUAAAGCUGAGAUAAAUAGAGAACGUUACAGAAAGUUGAGAUCAGAGCCCGGUGACCUGAUGAUCAAAUCAACUGUGAAAUAUAGCGAUAAGUAUUAUUUGCACGUGAACAAACUCCAGCGGUUAAGAAUUAAAAUGCAAUCAAUUUUAAAACCUGAUAUCAAGGAACCAGCCAUUAAUCAACACCAUAUCAAAGGUUGGGGUUAUGUAUCGGAGGGAACUGACUGUCCCAUCACGUAUGAAAAACUAAACGAAGAGGAUAAACGUAAUUUGCUACAAGUAUUCGGGUAUGUUUGGCGAGAUGGGAAUACCUUCGAAAUUUUGGAGGUGUACUUCGGCAUGUGUGCUGAAGGAGCGGAGGAUGGGGCUCGCCAAAAAUGGAACAAGGUUUUAAAAUACAGUGAAAAAGGGUGCUCAGACAGUGAAUGAUAGCUGCAGGUCACUUUUUCUGCCCCGAAGAAGCAUUUUUAGUUGAGGGGUUGAUUGGUAGGAGCAAGUGGGUGGUUGGGCAACUAAAGUGGAUUUCCCGAAACGAAGCUGGAGGAAUCUGCUCUUUGAACCCGAAAGAAUGUUACAUGUGGUUAGAAGAUUUUAUUGGACAAAUCCAGGAGUCGUUGAAAAAUACAAACCGAUUUUGGAUAGAUUUUCCCGGCACUAGUCAAAGCAAGUCAAAUAUUCCAACCAAAGAAGAAAGAAACGAAGAUAAACGUAAAACCCUUCUAAAACAAUUACACGACACUGAAGCAGAGUUGGAAGAGGAACGGAAAAAUAGGACGGCGGCCGUCAAUGCUCACAAAAAGAUUGAGAAGGAUUACAAUGAACUUCUUAGUCAGAUGGAGUCCAACAACAAGAUGAAGGAGGAUGCUCUCAGGCAAUUGAAAACUAUUCAAGGCCAAAUGAAAGACUUGCAACGAGACGCUGAAGAAGCCCGUCUUGGUCGAGAAGAAGCAAUUUCUGUCGCCAAAGAUGCAGAAAAACGCCUUUAGGGAAUUGAAACGGAUAUUUUCCAACUUCAAGAAGACCUCGCUGCUUCCGAAAGACAACGCCGAGCCGCAGAGCUGAAAGGGACGAAUUGGCUGAACAAGGUAGCAACGGCACGAACGGGGGAACACUUUUGGUGGACGAGAAACGUCGUCUUGAAGCUCGAAUUCAAAGUUUGAAGGAGGAACACAGUAAUAAUGAUAAGUCCAAAGCUUUGAAACGACAAUUGGAUUAAACCGAGGAGGAAAUUUCUAGAGAAAAGGCAAUUAAACGCAAAUUUCAAAAUGAUUUCGAUGACCUGACCAAGAGUGCAAGACUUGAAAAUCAGGAAAAUGAGUCCAUCCAACAUAUUAAACCUAAUCAUAACUUUAAAAAGCAACCUUCUAAAUUCCUGGGCCCUUCUAGUCGGUGCGGACUAUCAAAAACGGAUAUCACCAGCUCAUUCUUCAAAAUAAGUGUCUUGAAAAACAACUAACUUUAUAAUAUGAAACAUAAUAGAAAUUUUUAUGUAUUAUUAUACAUUUGUUGCGGCCUCUUCCGGGCCAACUGUUUAUUUAAUUGAACAACAAUUAAAAAAAAUCUGUUGAUGCAAAAAUAUAAGACCUCAUAUACUUGCCAA